CAACAACCUCUUCUUGAACAAGGAUGCCGCUGAGGAUUGGCUACGUCCGGGAACACUUCUCGUCCCCACUCCUGCAGUACGCAGAUGAUGACGGCGGAAAGACUUUCACACUGGUAGAGUGCCCAAGUGGAACCGGGCAAUUGAUCUCGCGCCUCACGACCGAUGAGAUAGACGUUGCAGUGGCAUUGACAGAUCCCCUGAUCUCUGGCAUCGUCAAAGGGAACGAGCAUUACAAGCUCGUCGGCAGCUAUGUCACCACGCCUCUGAACUGGGCUGUCAUCACCGGAAAACAUCCCAAGUACAAGGAGGUCGCUGACCUGCAAGGGACGACCCUCGGCAUCUCGCGCUUCGGCAGCGGUAGCCAGACGAUGGCAUAUGUGAUGGCCCUGCAGCAAGGCUGGCCCACAGACAAACUGCAGUUCAAAGUGAACAACGACAUCCGCGGCCUGCUCGACUCGGUGAACGACGGUUCGACCAGCGCAUUCAUGUGGGAGUGGUUCACCACAAAGCCGUUCGUCGACGCGGGCGAAGCGCGCUUCAUCGGCUCCGUGCCGACGCCGUGGCCUUCCUGGCUCAUCGCCGCUCACCCAACGCGUGCAGAGACCCCCACGCUGCGCACGUUCCUCGAGACGCUCUCCUCAUACGUCAGCGCGUUUGACACGCCCGAGAAGCGCGUGCGCGAAGACGUCGAGUACAUCAAGGCGAAGUUCGGGUAUCCCGAGGAGGACGUGAAGGCGUGGCUGAAGACCGUCGCGUGGACGCAAAACUGCCUGAACAUCCCGAGCAAGGUCAUCUCGGACACUCUGGAGGUGCUCGAGAAGGCCGGUUUCAUCAAGAGCCCACCCGGAGGGUUCGACGUUGCCAGCUUUGUCAACACGGACAUCGCUAGCCUGGUCUAGCAUGCACAAGUCCGAAAGAGAAGAAAGAAAGAGAAGCAAAGCAGCUGUAAUAGUACCCGUAAGCACGCCAUCAUCUGACCUCUCAAGCGAGCCGAUACAUCUUUGAUGAGCCUAUUAUUGCUGCUUUACGAGACAAGUAAUGUGUGCAUGUCAGUAUGUGGUGUUUAAGCCCAAUAUCGCAAGGCAUUAGUACUGUACGAAACGAACGAAC